CCUCCCGCGGGUCCCUGGCGCGCCGGGCCGGGGCGGCUGCGCGCACGGCGCCGCUCCACCAACCCGCUCCCCGCAGGUCCCUCUCUCGCUCUCCAUCCCUCGCCGGCGCUCGCUCCCCCCCCCCCCCCCCCGCCCUUUGAUUGACAGGCAAGAUGUCGGUGUGGAGCGAGGCAGGAGCGAAUGCAGCAGCCGUCACCCCCGGAGCCCGGCGGCGGCAGCAGCAGCAGCAGCAGCAGCAGCGCGAGGAGGAGACAGCAGCCAGCCGCAGUCGCCGCCGCAGCCGCGGGAGCAAUGCAGACAGCAUCUUGAGGACGCGCUAAAGCACCCCAAACGGUGGACAAUGCCGUGUCACUGCAACUGGGAGGGGGGCAAAGCAGAUUUUUUUUGACAUAAAAGCCAGCCAGCCAAAAAUAUAUAAAUUUGCCCUUCACGGAGCCGGUGUGUAAAGAGUGAGCGCUGUUUUCCUUCGCCUCCUCCUCUCCUCCUCCUCUCCUCCCCCCCUUCUCCUCUUUUUCCUCCUCCUCCUCCUCCUUCUCCUCCUCCUCCUCCUCCUCCUCCUCCUCCUCCUCCUCCCCCUCCUCCCUAAGUGUACAGACAGCAUCACAUCACCUGGUUUGCUUCUGAGAAACAGCAUCUCUCCUUUUCAGGGACCAGAGACUCAGAGAGAGGAGACAUUCUAAUGGAGUCUGCUUGAUACCCCAAAAUAAAAUAAUAAAUUUUGGCUCUUGUCCCCUCCUCCCACCCCACCCCCUCAGCCCUGUGUGAGAUGUUGGGUUUCUUCUUCAUGAGACAUUGUUGAGAAGUCGCAGUGGUUGGAGAGCGUAGGGGGUAGACUACCUCUACUCCCCCCCCCCCCUCUUUUUUCUCUCUGGGAGGAGGAGGAGGGGAAGGGGGCUUGCCGAGCAAGCGAUGGAUGAGGAAAACAUGACGAAAAGCGAGGAGCAGCAGCCUCUGAGUUUGCAAAAAGCCUUACAGCAGUGCGAGUUGGUCCAAAACAUGAUAGACCUGAGCAUCUCCAACCUGGAAGGGCUUAGGACCAAAUGUGCCACCUCCAACGACCUCACACAAAAAGAGAUCCGGACCCUGGAGAGCAAGCUGGUGAAAUACUUCAGCCGACAGCUGUCCUGCAAGAAGAAGGUGGCCCUGCAGGAACGCAACGCCGAGCUGGACGGCUUCCCCCAGCUCCGGCACUGGUUCCGGAUCGUCGAUGUGCGCAAGGAAGUCCUAGAGGAAAUCACCCCUGGCCAGCUGAGUCUGGAGGACCUCUUGGAGAUGACAGAUGAGCAGGUGUGUGAGACCGUGGAGAAAUAUGGAGCCAACCGGGAGGAGUGUGCCCGCCUCAAUGCCUCCCUCUCCUGCCUCCGCAACGUCCACAUGUCAGGAGGCAACCUUUCCAAACAAGACUGGACAAUCCAGUGGCCCACCACGGAGACGGGGAAGGAGAACAACCCCGUGUGCCCCCCGGAGCCCACGCCGUGGAUCCGCACCCACCUCUCCCAGAGCCCCAGGGUCCAGACCAAGUGCGUCCAGCACUACUGUCACGCCAGCCCCUCGCCCGGGGCCCCCGUGUACACCCAUGUGGACAGGCUUACCGUGGACCCCUACCCGGGCCUGUGCCCGCCACCGCCGCUGGAGUCAGGCCACCGUUCCCUGCCCCCGUCGCCCCGGCAGCGGCACGCGGUCCGCACCCCGCCGCGCACCCCUAAUAUCGUCACCACCGUGACCCCUCCCGGCACACCACCCAUGAGGAGGAAGAACAAGCUGAAGCCCCCAGGGACCCCGCCGCCCUCCUCCCGGAAACUGAUCCACUUGAUUCCAGGUUUCACCGCCCUGCAUCGGAGCAAGUCCCACGAAUUCCAGCUGGGUCACCGUGUAGACGAGGCCCACACGCCCAAAGCCAAGAAGAAAAGCAAGCCCUUGAACCUCAAGAUUCACAGCAGCGUGGGCAGCUGCGAGAACAUUCCAUCUCAGCAGCGCUCGCCGCUCCUGUCGGAGCGCUCUCUCCGCUCUUUCUUUGUGGGACAUGCACCUUUCCUGCCCUCCACCCCUCCUGUCCACACCGAGGCCAACUUCUCUGCAAACACACUGUCCGUGCCGCGCUGGUCCCCGCAGAUCCCUCGUAGAGACCUCGGCAACUCCAUUAAGCACAGGUUUUCCACCAAGUACUGGAUGUCUCAGACGUGCACAGUCUGUGGAAAAGGAAUGCUUUUUGGCCUCAAGUGUAAAAAUUGCAAGUUAAAGUGCCACAACAAAUGCACCAAAGAAGCCCCACCCUGUCAUCUCCUGAUCAUCCACAGAGGAGAUCCAGCAAGGUUGGUCCGGACAGAGUCCGUCCCGUGUGACAUCAACAACCCUCUACGAAAGCCACCCCGGUAUUCGGACCUGCACAUCAGCCAGACGCUCCCCAAAACCAACAAGAUCAGCAAGGACCACAUCCCUGUCCCUUACCAGCCGGACUCGAGCAGCAACCCCUCAUCCACGACGUCCUCCACGCCCUCCUCGCCAGCACCCCCCCUCCCUCCCAGUGCCACGCCGCCUUCUCCCCUGCACCCUUCCCCACAGUGCACGAGGCAGAAGAACUUCAACCUGCCAGCGUCCCACUACUACAAGUACAAACAGCAGUUCAUCUUCCCAGAUGUAGUGCCAGUGCCAGAGACGCCGACCCGGGCGCCCCAGGUCAUCCUGCAUCCGGUGACCUCGAAUCCAAUCUUGGAAGGAAAUCCAUUACUUCAAAUUGAACUGGAGCCAACCUCAGAGAAUGAAGAGGGCCACGACGAGGCCGAGGAGUCGGAGGACGAUUUUGAGGAGAUGAACCUGUCUCUGCUCUCAGCCCGGAGCUUCCCACGCAAGGCCAGCCAGACCAGCAUCUUCCUGCAGGAGUGGGACAUCCCUUUUGAGCAGCUGGAGAUUGGCGAGCUCAUUGGAAAGGGCCGCUUCGGGCAGGUGUAUCACGGCCGCUGGCAUGGCGAGGUGGCCAUCCGGCUGAUCGACAUCGAGAGGGAUAAUGAGGAACAGCUCAAGGCCUUCAAGCGGGAGGUGAUGGCCUACAGGCAGACGCGGCAUGAGAACGUGGUACUCUUCAUGGGUGCCUGCAUGAGCCCGCCCCACCUGGCCAUCAUCACCAGCCUGUGUAAGGGACGGACUCUCUACUCUGUGGUGAGGGACGCCAAAAUCGUCUUGGAUGUCAACAAAACGAGGCAGAUUGCCCAAGAAAUUGUGAAGGGCAUGGGCUACCUGCACGCAAAGGGGAUCCUUCACAAGGACCUCAAGUCAAAGAAUGUCUUCUACGACAACGGGAAAGUGGUGAUCACAGACUUCGGGCUCUUCAGCAUUUCCGGGGUGCUGCAGGCCGGCAGGCGAGAGGAUAAACUCCGCAUCCAGAAUGGCUGGCUGUGCCACCUAGCACCAGAGAUCAUCCGCCAGCUGUCCCCCGACACAGAGGAGGACAAGCUCCCCUUCUCCAAGCACUCAGAUGUCUUUGCACUCGGCACAAUUUGGUAUGAACUCCAUGCCAGGGAGUGGCCUUUCAAGACCCAACCAGCAGAGGCAAUCAUCUGGCAAAUGGGCACCGGCAUGAAACCCAACCUCAGCCAGAUCGGCAUGGGAAAAGAAAUCUCGGACAUUCUUCUCUUUUGCUGGGCCUUUGAACAAGAAGAAAGACCCACCUUCACUAAGCUCAUGGACAUGCUGGAGAAACUGCCAAAGCGAAACCGCCGCCUGUCUCACCCCGGACAUUUCUGGAAGUCUGCAGAGCUGUGACCGUUGGACAAAGGGACAGCACUCAGCUGCCUCAGCCCCCGAGCCACCUCUCCUUCCCCGCUCUGCCCUCUGCCAGCUCAGGAGGCCAGAGGCUCACCAUCAGAGGGUACCGACCCCGGCCGGCCUGGGAGCACUGCACGACCGAGGUCGGCAGCUUCCCCACUCCCCAGACCCGUGCCCUUUUGCCCGGGCAGGGUUGGGGACCCCUGAGCUAGGACUUACCAGGACCAGCCAGGGAGACGUGGAAUUGAUCCGUGAGGCCCCGGGGGCCACGUGGAGAAGAGAACUGGAGGCUGAAUGCAGAGCGCCCCUGGGCCACGGAGACGAGGCAUGAGGCCUACGCGGGCAGGCUCGCAGGACCGGUCUGUGUGUACAUGUGCGUCCCCGUGCACGAUGCCGUUCGCUCUAGAUCCCCUGUGACAAGCGAGAGCCAGGCCGCCCCGGCUCUGGAGCGCCCCUCUGCUGACUUGGUCCCUGGGUGGUGGGUUCCAGCUGUGCUGUCUGGAAAGAUGGGGUGGGGUGGGGAGCUAAGCACCAGCUUCGUGGAGGCCUUGGGGCCCAGACCUGGGCAGGGGGGCUAAACUGCUCCUGUGUAAACAUCUGUUCCCCCAGGCCUGUCAUGGGUUUCGGCCUCUUUGCAUAUGGCUCCGAAGUACACAGAACAGUCUUGUAUGUCUUUUGAGCUCUGGGUCUCUCUGGGGUGUGGUUCCCAUUUCUGCCGCCUUCGCCUGUUCUGGGAGAGCACCAUCCCUUUUGGCCUCCUUGCCCCCAUGCUUCCCCCUGCCAUUUGAAAAGCACAGUGGCUUCCUGGCCGAGAUGACUUCUGGGGACUCCUUGCAGCUUGCCUUCGCCCACGACACCCCCCCGAAGCCUGGGCCCUGAGAACUGGGGGUCUGGGGAGGAAGUUCUAGGACAUUCCUUCUCCCUCCUCCUGUUCUGGCAUCUACACCAGCUAAGUUUGUCCACCACGGCGAUGGACGUGGGUCCCUAAUAUAUGUAUGUUGGAUUUCACGGCACAUGCAUGGCAUCCUGUUUGCAAAGGAUCCCCCCUUUUCACCCUUAAUAAGUCCUGUUGGGGAGGCGGGGAAGGAGGCCGUAGACGUUCAUUCUCAGCUCCAGCCUGGUGUGGAGCCCUGAGUGGUUUCCCCAUGAGAGGUCUGCCUGUGCUCUCUCAGGGCCCAUGCCUUCUAUCCCUCCCUCCCUCUUGCUCCCUCCUGGGCUGGUGGCUUUUCCCAGCCACUCGGGACCACGUAUUCUAUAGGAAGGAUCCAGGAAGCAGGUCGGGCGUGCAGAGUCCUGCGGGGGGCCUCGGUCCUAUGUUCUUACGUUCCAUCCCUUACGAGGGUAUGUCUCCUGUUCCCAAAGCCCCUCUGACCUGGCACCGAAAGGACAUCUGUCCCCCAGCAGGGCAGUGGCAGGGCAGCUGGCCAGCAGGCAGGAUACCCAGGGUCAGCCCAUAGCCUCUCCACACUCCCCGGGCACUUCCCAGGCUUGGUUUUCCUCUGGUCACUACCUUAUCCCGAUGGCCCCCUCUCAGAGAGGGGACCAAAGACUUCAAAAACCUUGCCUGAGUAUAGAUUCAGCAUCCCACCUGAUGAAAGGGGUAUGUGGGGGUCUUCCCCACCUUGGGUGAUUUCCAGACUGGUUCAUGCUUGAGGGGCCAAGCCUGCUUCCAAACUGGGAAAAACGAUGAGCUAGCCAUGCUUCCCGAGACCCUGGCCAAGGGGAAAACCCUGAGCCUCCCAGGGGGCCUUCCUGAAUGGACUCCCACCUGCAAAAGACCGGAGACUAAAGGCCCCCGUGUGGGCUGUUCCUAAGCGGAUGGUCCUCUUGUUGGGGCUUCUGUAUGUAACUCUGUGGCUCUUGGCUCAACAUUUGUGUUUCUUAGGGUCGUUUUAUACACACUGGCACAAAUCCCAGCAAGCCACUCGGCAGACCAACCCCAGACAUGGGUGUGAACCUGCCUGGGCUCUGCCCAGCGGCCCCUCCAAGGCCUGAAGUCCAACCCUGGCUUCUGUUUAAUCCAACCAGGACUUUGGGGUCUGUGCACCCCAGUCUUUGUCAUGGACCUGAGCGCAGGAAAGGAAAUGAGGAAGGGAGGAAGCGGGCAGGACGCAUCUACCCCGAAGCCAAAAUGCUCACCAGGACAGCAACUGGCUCCUUCUUUCUGCUCUCAUUUCCAGAAUUCAUUAACAUGGUCACCCAGAGCCUUUGGCAAGACCCUGCAGGGUCUCCAAAGACUGCUCUUUCCAUCUGUUCAUGACCCCAGCUUAAGAUUGAGGACAAGGUGUGAGGAAUCCAGGCAGAGACCCCAGCCUUCCUGGUUCCCUAGGACCUUCUCUGCUUAGCAAAACAGGGUUCCCUGGGCCUGUCCCAGGCCCCAAGUCACCUGAUCUUGAUUUCUCCCUCUUCUCCCACAGUCUUACCUUGCCCCCACCUUCCUCAGUCUCCACAGCAGCCAGGCUGCCCCAGGUUUCCAGCCCCUCCCUGCCGCCCCCCACCCCUCCUCCUGGCGACCACCUUGAAUUGUUUAGAGGGCAGUUUUAAUUUGCAGACAUUUCAAUUCAGUGGGAACCAAACCUCUGCUUUCCGUGCUGGCCUCAAUCUUAUUCAUGAGUCAAGUAUUGGGAGGAGGUCAUAUUCAUUCAUCUUUUGUGAGGAAAGAAAAAGGGAGGUCUGUGUAUUUUUACAUCGUAAUUGCUUGACUCGUGCUGUAGAAUCUACACAACCAAGAGUUGUGUGUGUGCACCUGUGCUGGUCACAGCUGUGUGCAGGUGCCCCAUGCCCAGCCGUGAGCUGUUUAUCUCUGUGCCCUGAUUUGAGCAAACCCUGGUACCCACCAGCUUCCCAAGUACAUCGGUCCACAGGGUGAAGAUUCACAGGGAAGCCUUGACUUUGCCUUCUUUGAAGGGCUUGUGGAUUUGCACACUAAAUUCCAUCCAACUCCCCGGGCCAUGUGUAUUUCCUAAAAUGGGGACUCCUUUCCGGGGGAACCCCCUUGGCCAUAUGUGGGGAUAUCCCCAUGUCACCUUCCACAGCAUGAACUUGAAGACUCGAAGUCUUUACUUAAUUCUGUUUUGCCCUGGUUUUCCUUUUGCUGGUCAAAGAGAAAAAAAAUCCCAUCUUGCCACAAACCAUCCCCCUCUUUCUGGAUUCUUGAUCCAUAGAAACCUUGGACUGAUCUCUGAUGACUAGACUCUUGUAUCUAGGAUACCUGGUUCUGCCUCUUUCCCACCCCACCCCCUCAAAACCAGACUUUAUCACCUCCCACGAUUAUUGUCCCCCCCACCGCCAGUGGCUGAUCAUCUCAGGAACGUGAACAAGGUGGCAUAUGCUCGGCCCAGGCCCAAUCCCUAUCUUGAGAAAUCUAGAACCAGGGUUGGCAAAUUAUGGCCCUGGGCCAACCCACCAAAUAGUUUUCACCUUCUCUAAUUGGGGAAAAACCAGAAGAAGAUUUCAUGAUACGUCAAAACCCCAUAGAAUGCAAAUGUCAAUGACAGUCAACAAAAUUGUAUUGGCACGGGGCCACAGCCAUUCAUUUACAUGUGAACCACGGUUUCUUCUGUGCUACAGCGCCACAGUUGACUACUGGUAACGGACGCAGUGUGGCCCAUAAAGCUGAAGAUAUUUAUAACCUUGACCUUUACAGAAGACUUUUGCCAACCUCUGCCCUAGGGGACUGUCUUCCCGAAGAAGCAGCCCACUUGCAUAUGGCGCCCAAGAGAAGAACAGGAACCAGGCUGGGAGUUACAGGGGCAGAGAACCUGUUCCAGUGAGGGAAGAACUUUCUAACAGCUUGCCCCAAGAUGUAGUGGGCCGCCUGGGGAGGUAGAAAGCUCCCUGUCCCUGGAGAGGGAUGCGCAGACAUUGAGACCACUUGGUAUACACGAUAAAGAGGGAAUUCAGGCUUUGGGGGAUAGAGGGACAGGUUCUAAGACUGUAUUGGGCCCAGCCUGCCAUAACAAAAUAUCUUAGAUGGGUGACUUCGACAACAGAAAGUUCUUUCUCGCAGUUCUGGGGGCUGGAAGUCCAAGACCAAGGUAUCAGCAGGAAUGGUUUCUCCUAAGACCACCCUCCUUGGCUUUCAGCCUCUAGCUGUGUGCUCACGUGGCCUUUUCUCUGAGCAUGCACAUCCCCAGUGUCUCUCUCUUCUAGGACACCGGUCUGAUUGGGUGGGAGCCCAUCCUUACGACUUUUUCAUCUUAAUCACCUCUGUAAAGGCCGGAUCUCCACCUUGGUGGUUAGGGCUUCGACAUACGAAUUCAGGAACAUACGGUGAGGUGUGUGCUACGGUGGGGGGAGCGGUUCAGUCCCUAACAAAGACCCUUGAUAUUGCCAAGACCGUGAUGGUAGGGACCUUCUGGGCAAUGCUCCUAUUCCUGGCUCUCAUUCCCAUGCUGUUCUCAACCUGGAGUCCCCAGAUUUGCCCUCCCUGUCCUCACCCCCUGCCAGCCUUCACCCAGCUGCCCCCCAAGGACUGGUCUCGUUCCAAAUAUUCCACCACCCAGGCCCCUCCUGACCGGGGCCGCCAUAACAAAGCCCACACACCAGGCAGCUUAAAAUGACUGUCAUGGAUUCUCUCACGGCUCUGGAGGCUGGAACCCUAAAAUCGAGGUGUCGGCAGGACCGCGCUCUGAUCCCCCCGCCCUGCAAGGGUGUCCCUUCCUGCCCGCCUCUUGUUAACUUCCGGUGGUUUGCCGGUCGCCUUUAGCAUUCCUUGGCCCGCAGCUGGAUCCCUCCAUCGUCUGACUCCACCAUCACAUGGCCUUGCUGCGCAUCUGUCUCGCGUGGCUGUGUCGUAGAAGGACACCAUCCCGCUCAAGUUUGACCUCACCUUAAGUCAUGAUACCCUCAACCACCCUGUUUCCAAGGAAGCUCACAUUCUGAGGUAACCAGGGCCUAGGACCUCAGCAUAUCUUUUUUUUUUUUUUUUUUUUUUGGUGGCAGGGACACGAUUCAACCCUAACACCCUCUAAGGAGCUUUCUCCCAUGCCUUGACUGGUCACCUUGGUCCCUCCAUAGCAGACCCCCUAAGACAAAGGUCCCAGAAUCCCUGGGCCAUGAGGGUCAGGACACCGAGGUGGCUCUUCUCAAACCCGACACCUUCCUCCCUGGGUCCUGUAGUCCCGGACUUCGUCUCCACAGGUGAGGCCGGGCAGCGUGUCUGUUGUGGGGUGGUCACUUGACCACCGAAUGCACUCGUUUCAGCCCAGUCUGAAGGGGUUGUCGGCACGACAACCCCUUUAGUGGAUGCUCUUGCCCAGUGGCAAAGGAACAGACUGUGGCGAGCUGUGCACCGGCUGCGACCUUUUUGGCCAUGCCUGUGAAGGGCGGAUGUUUCGAGCAGGCUCGGCGGAUGUGCCCCCUGGGCCCCGGUCGCCCCUAACCCCCCCACUGCGGCCUGCCCCUACGCGCACCCGCGAGGGAGUAGUCCUGACCUCGGAGGGAAAGGAGAGGCAAAUGCAGUCUGGGCUUCAGAACAUGGGGACCCGGGGGCUUGAAGAUUCUCGUUCUUCCUGACUCUCCCCACGUCGUGCCAGCUGGACCAUGAGCCUCUCCAGUCACUGCUCCUGACGACCAACCCGAAUGACUGGCUUCUGUCUUGAGGUCCUACCAGCCACGCCAUUCUCUAAUGAGGCAGAGCGUCAGUGGGAGGCCUUCACCCUGAGCGCCUCGACUCGCCUAUGUGCUAGCACCUGGCCUACUGCCUGGCGCAUAGUAGACGCUACGGGAUGCAGAGAGGGAGAGUUGCUGGGUGAGAGCGAGGCACGGGCACAAGGGGCCAGAUGCCCUUCCUUGCAGGGAAGGCAGAGCGGAUCCACAGACAGGGCCCGGCGCCAAUGGGAUUCCCACAGCCAGGCCCGUGCUGUGGAUCCCACAUCAUCCCAAGUGGAUCUGCCAGGUUCAAUGCACUUGACUCCUAGAGACCCAUUGGUCGGGUGUCCCGGGGCAUCUGGGCCCUGAGAGGCAAGAGUGGUGAUCCGUCUCUUGGAGCCUCAGUUCACUGAGCACUUACUGUGUCCCAGGCCACCUGAAUCCCCAAGACGGGACAGUCCUGGGAGCGAGGUACCAUUACCCACAUUCUGCAGGUGAAGAAACUGUGGGAAAUAGAUGGAAGCCAGCCUAUUAAGUGGUAGAGCCAACAUGUUAAACAGGAGUCUUUGGACUGAUGCACGCCCAGCCUAACCCCCAUCACCAUUGUGAGUGGCUUAUGCCCAGCUGCCCAUCGGGAUAUUACUGUACCAACCUCUGACGUCAUGUGCAGCUUGUAACCAGGAGAGAGGGAGGGAAAACGGGAAGCGAUUGAAGGAAGGUACGGGAGAGGGUGGGGACCCUCGGGGGAGUUUGCACAGAAGCUCUCACUUGUGCUCCUAGAAUGACAGGCUGCCAGCGGCUGGGUCCCUGGGUCCCUGGGUUCCUGGGUCCCUCCAGCUUCCCUGCUGCGAGCAGCCUAUGCCAUCAGCCCGGCCCUCUGCCUCUCUUAUACUGGACAGUUUUGUGAUCCCCUGUCCCAAGAAACUCACCAGUGAGUGCCCCUCCCUCUCAGGGGUGGGAAAAGGUUCUCUUCCUGCUCCUUGGGAUCACACAGUCCCUUUCCUUAAUACCAAGAAUACAAAGGAUUCAUCUCUGUGGGGCUGAGAUGGCUGCUGUCCCACUGAGGACUGAGCUGGAGGAAAUGGGUUCUACCCGAAGUUUGCCUCAUCUAGGUUAUGGCCUAGCUUACCAAACAUGUUCCAUAGACCUUUGAUUUCACAGCAAACUAGAUGGAAAUAAUGCUGCAUUAUCAGAAGGGUCCCGGGACAAAUUCGCAUUGGAAAUGCUUGCGUAAAACAAGAUCAAAUUUAUUUCUUGGUUGCAGGACUUACCAGAGCAUUUAACCACACUACUGUAUGCUUGAAAUCUUUAAAAGGCUGACAGCAGGCUGCUCUUCCCAAGCUCUCCCAGACUGGUUUCUGAAUCCAACAGGACUAACCUCUGUGAAUUUGCCUUGAUUACUUGCAUGGCACUUUGAGGGCGAAGGCCAGUGUGCUGGCCCACAGAAAAGAGCAUCAGGAUUUACCAAGCACCUGUCUUAAGAGUUGGCCUCCCCAGGGGCUGGUACUGUGAAUGAUGAACCUGGAAGGUGAAUGAGAUGUAUCUGGGCAGAGAGACGAGGCUGGGGAUGGCCACUGGCCACCAGAUGUUCCUGUGUUUCCCUUCAAUGCUGGUGGGAAACGCUGAGUCCCAGAAAACUUUGCCCCUGUCACCUCACAUGCUCUGCCCAGGCCUGCUGAGGGCAGACUUCCGUUCCAUGCAUGUGGAUGGCGGUUUCAUGCACAAGGAUGCACGGAGUAGAAAACUCUAGCUGAUUGUGUCUUUCACUGGAGGGGGCCGAAUUUGCUGUGUGCUGGGGACUGUCCCAACAUACCGUGGCUCGGAAACCAAUGUGGAAAUACUAGAGGAUGUCCUGCCCUCAGCGAGGGGAGGAGGAGUGUCAGCUGGGUCUUCAGCAGAAUUUUUAUCUUCAACUAGGUUAUUGGGAUGAAUGUCUAGAACGAUCUAGAAGGGUGAUCUAGCCCAAGGAGGGCAAACAUGUGCCAUUCCUGCCACCGCUGCUCCCUCCUAUACCCUUGGCAGACAUUACUAAUCAAUCACGGCAUGCCUUUCUGCUGAGCACAGAUACAGCCUUAGAGCAUCAGAGUAACCAUCCCUGAUCUCCUGCCACCUCUCCUUUCGGAGACAGAGCUCAGGCCCCGGGAGGAAGGUAAAGCCUCCCAGCCUUGGUCCUUUCUUAGAGGCAGAGGUGGGUUUAGUACCGAGGCCUUGGAAGCUUCCAGAAGGCCAAUCAUUUGAAGUUUUGGCUGUAGCUGGUGACAGUCUAUAAGGCCCUUGCGGACGUUCAUUUUCGGUCAGGAAAUUUAGGAAAUGCAGAAAGAAAGAUUCUGUCAUUAAGACCCUGUAGUAUGAUCCUAUGGGGUGACCUGCCUGCUUGCGGAGAAAUCAUUUACCUUCCAGGGAACUGCUUCUCCUCAAGGCCUGAAUGUUACCACCUACCACAUAACAGCUGGGCUGGAAGGCCCGGGGACCUUAAGGAAAUAUGGUGUGUGUGUGUGUGUGUGUGUGUGUGUAUGGUGCUAGGCAGGGGAGCAGGAAGUGCUGUGCUUGGAGCGGUUUGUCAAAGUUCCUGUGGUUCCAUACAGACAUCUCUGAAGUUAAGAGAUGUUGCAUAUAGAGGGGAGGAGGAGGAACCGACUCCAGUUGCUUUUGGUUUCUUCCCUGCAAGGAAGGCUCAAAAUCAAAUUGUCACCCCAGUGAAAUUCCCUGAGGCCCUAGUGGACCACCAGCUCUACUCCUGAGCUCCUGAAACGGCUGCGAUGGCUCGGUGGCUUGAGAGUGCUUUCCGCCCGCUCCCUCUUCAUUUCCUUCCUCCUCUUAUCCUCCACCACCACCACCCCCUGCUUGAUAGCAUCUCCCCCCGGACCGUGAGCCGAGGAGAAAGUUACACAAUAGUAGAGACGAGAAAAUAGCUGCCAUGUAUUUAGCUUAAAUUAGCUCAGAAGAAAGGCUCCCUCCCUCCAUUGAGCGGGCAGCAAUUGUUUAUGCCAACGUGCUAUUUGCAUCGUGCCUUCUUAGAUUUGAAAGUCUAAUGAUCAAAAACAAAUCUUAGUUUUUCUUUUCUCGACACUUAAAAAAAAAAAAAAAAAAACAAAAAACAACCCACCA